UAGAUUUGUAGAUAUAAUAUACUUAAUAACUGUUUUAUAAUCUUUUCGUUAUGCUAUAUAGUAUACUGUAUAUAGUAAUUUAUACCUAAAGAAAGUCAGUUGAAUGUCAUGAAAGCUUGCAGCGGCAAACUGUAUUAUCUCAUCUAGUUUAAUAGUGAUUUAAUGUUUUUAUUUUUAUUGGAUACCUACUUCUCAUUGCUACUGUUAUAUGUACAUAUACAUACUAUAUAUAUAUAUAUAUAUAUAUAUAUAUACCAGUAAGAUUGACAUCGGCAAAUGAAAAUAACUGUUUUUGAGUACCUAUAUUUUAACUUGCCAAUGAAUCCUUAAACCUAUUGAUGGUAUUUCAAAGAAAAUAUGCUUCUGACUUUGUUUUAUAUGGCUACCACUUGGUUUCAGUCCUAUAGACUGGCUAGGGUAAAAACAAAUUUGAAAAAAUACCUAUCUAACCAUCGUACAUUGGUGUUUUAUAAAGAAAAAGAUUUUGCAAAAAUUGAUAGUGAAAGUAUUUGUUCAUCAUCAGUUGCUGCUGUUCCUUUGUUACUAAGACCUCACGGACUUACCUCGGAUAGUUGUAAAUACGCUAAAUCUGCUCAGCUUGAUCAAAUUAUAUCUCUUGUUGGUCAUAAAAGAUCAUGUUCUGUUUUUCCUGAGCAAAUAUUAAAUUUGGAUACAUGGAUUCUUAUUCCUAACUAUAGAGUUACUUUUCCAGCUCUACUAAAUACUCAAACACCAUUAAAAUUAAAUAAAGAGUCAAAAAUAAAUGUAUUGGUUGAAGCCAAUUACCGUAUGAUAAACCAACAAAAAACAGUCCAGACAUGUUCAAUAGAAAGUUUUGGUAUCCCUAAAGCUUGGAAUGCUGGAGAAUAUUUCGGAUUACUAUUGGAAACUGACCUAGACCAUUUUGCCAUGCUCAGUAUGGAUUUUAUGGCCAGUACUAGUUCUAUAUAUUUAGGAAAUAACAUGGAACUUUUUCGAAUCCAAGCUGUAAGAGUUGAAGGUCGACCGUGUAUGAUUGACAAUCCUGAAUCGAUUGCAUCUACUAUUGAUUUUGUGUAUAACUUAGACGAUACUUCAGAUAACACUGUUUUAACAGCGACUCAAUGGAAAAAUUAUUGUGAUACACUUCGUGCAGUAACUUUAGCAGCAUAUAAUGUUGCUGUGUCUGGAAAAUCAAUUAACUUUUGCUCAGCAGUGCUGUCCAAAAAUAUUGAUACUAUAAUAAAUAUUGAUGAUAAGAUCAUUAAUAAAAAUGUGCCUGAUGAAGUCGAUGGUGAAAUAAACAGAAGUAUAAGACCAACUAAUUUUAAUAGUUUGGUCAAUUCACCAAAGGAGAAUAGUAUACAAUAUGUCCGAUUCAGUAAUAGUUUUGAAAUGGAAACGUAUCAAAAUGGAAGUUCAAAUUAUAAUGACACUUCUAGUAUUUAUAGUAGUGAUUCCAGUUCCAGUGAUUCAAUUAAUAUGAGAAAAUCAAUUCUUUCUCCUCUUUCCGAAGUUGAAAUGAAACUAUCAAACGGAAUGAAACCAAUAAAAAGUAGUCCAGAUGUGUUUGGAAUAUUUAAGGGCGGAUCCAAGAGCUCUCCAACGAUGAGAAACAAUAGAUCAUUUUCAGAUUUCACAAACAGUCCAGAUUCAAAAACACGGUGUCAUACGCCAGUACAACAUAGAGGUGAAUCAAAAACUGGGAAACCUCCAAAUAUUAUCAUUUUCAGUGAGAGUGCUUCAAGUGCUCAAGAAAUUGAAAAUUCUCUUCAGUCCAUCUUACAUAGAUACAGGUAUACCAUAUACACGCUGAGCUUGGAAAGGAUGCUCAGGUCGCCUUGGACCUCGCAAGCUACCAUGGUGGUCAUUUACGGGUCGGUACCGAAAGGUCUUUACCCACUACUGGAAUACUAUCUGUUGGUCGAAGGCGGUCGAGUGCUAAGUCUGUGCUCAGAUUUGUUGGGCACAUUCCUUCCGAGUGCUUACAGCAUGGCCGAGGUGCGUCACGACGAAAUUGUCAAUUUUACCUACUACCCGUUGUCCAUGCAAGCGUCCCUCAUGCAUCACAUACUAUGCUACCAGCCGAGCGCCUCCCACGACGGUCGGUUUCAAGCCGACUCACGAAAUAACAAACCAGCCAUUAAUCUCGAAAUUGUGGACAUAUUCGAUUCCGGCAACAAGCACCAUGCGAUCACCGUACAAGUUUUGGCGGCGGAAAACACGUGGGAAACUCCUAGUCUCAUUUUGGCCACCACUCCGUCCGGCGGACGAGUUGUUUUUUCUCAGGUACAUUUGGAAAUUGAUCCUCAUCAGAAUGGUGAAACUCUUUCAAAUAAUAACGACAGACAUAUAUUACUUAAAGACUUAUUAAGUGUACAUCUUGGGUUAGACUGUGUGCCACCAUCUGACCAAGAACCAAGCCAUACACCAGCUUAUUUAAUAGGAAAUGAAAAAGACAAAGCUGAAUUUUUAAGUUUCUUAAAGGGAAAAGGGAAUGAAAAAAACGUAUUACUCAUAAAAGAUCUGUAUGUUCAAUUUUGUGGAAAUGACGAAAUGUGUAUUAACGUUAGCGAAAAUUCCCUACCUAUUAUUUAUAAUGAUGUCCCAGAAAAUUUCAAUGAAGAGGAAUACUUUAGAAAUCUUCAUACCAAAUAUUUAGGACAAAUGGUUAUAUACGGAGAUGUCAUGUCAACUUCUAUGAGGAUUUUAAAUGAUCCCAUUUUGAAACACGGAAUAGUGGUUAUUCCCAAACUUCAAGUAACUGGAAUUGGUAGAGGAGGUAACAAAUGGUUGAGUCCCAAAGGUUGUGCUAUGUUUUCUAUACAACUACACAUCCCAUUUGAUUCAAAACUUGGUCAGAGACUAGCAUUGCUACAACAUGUUGUAGCUUUAUCAGUCGUGUCAGCUGUAUGUUCAUUACCAGGUGGUUAUGAUAAACUCGAUUUGGGUUUAAAAUGGCCUAAUGAUAUAUAUGCCGGAGGAAAUGCAAAAAUUGGAGGCUUAGUUAUCAGUAGUUCAGCUAUGGGUAAUAUGGCAAUUUGUACAAUUGGAUGCGGUGUGAAUUUAAAUAAUAGUUUACCUACCACAUGUAUCAAUGAUGUAAUUGAAGAGCAUAACGCUAACACUCAAAAUAAUCUUUCAACGUUGUCACCUGAACAAUAUUUUGGAGCAGUAUUCACAGAAUUAGAAAGGUUGUUAAAUCAAGUAGAACAAGGCAAUGUGGAUAUUAUAUUUGAUCUUUAUUACAAAUAUUGGCUUCAUAGUAAUACUGAAGUGACUGUUCUACGUACAGAUCAAACAUCAUUUAAAGCUCUUGUGAUAGGUCUUGAUGAUCACGGCUUCCUUAGAGUGCGUUCAGAAAGUGGAGAAAUAGUGGAUGUCAGACCAGAUGGAAAUUCAUUUGACAUGCUUGCUGGUCUCAUAGCACCUAAAUAAUAUAUGGAAAUACUUAACUAAUUGCAUAUUAGGAAUUUGAUUUUCUUCAAACUAUUGGUGAUCGGACUAAUUUGUAUGUACUUUCUAUAUAAAAGCUAGAAUUUUCUACUUGAGUCAAAAUAACACGUGUUUAAAUUUUAAGUGAAAAAAUAUUUUAUUGUCUUAAAAUUCUACUAUUCUUAAAUAUUAUUGAAAUGUUGAUUUAAAAAAAAAAAGCAUUAGUGUGUUCAUAUUAACUUUAAAUUUGGUAAGAGCAAAACCAACAAAACUUAAAAAAGUUUUAAUGUUUUCAUAAGCAAAAUAAAAAAAUAAAAAAUUGUCGAGCUAGCUUAAAAUUAUUAAGCUGUGUAAUUCUUCAGUUGACAACACUAAAAACUAAAACUGGAUUUGGAAUUGAUGGUAGUUUAUAGAUACUAAUAUUUUUUUUUUAAUGAAAACUGUGAACAUCAUAAAUGGCGCAUUGUAAGUAUGUUACAUAUUAUAGGUAAUAAUACUUUUGGUGUUUUAGUAAGACUGGGUUAGUAGUGUACUUAUUUAUAAAUAAGGCCUCUUAAUGUACUUAAAACACAAUACUCGCAAGUUAUAUCUCCUUUAGAAAUUUAAAAAUUAAGACUAAUAAUAAUUAAUAGGUUAGUUAUACUUAUUUUAAAUGGGCGACUUUACCUCUGUACUGUUACAAUAUCUUAAAUAUUAUUACUAAUAGCUAGUUAUUUAAAUGCUGUGUUUGGAAAACCAAAAAUUGUUACCAAAAAUGAGAGUCGCUUUUUGUUUUAUAUUCAUAUAACAUAACUAGUGUAAAUAUUAUUUG